GGAUCCUCUUAGGUGCCAAUGAGGAGAAUGCAAUGGGCUAAUGGCUAAGGAGCGGGUGCCUCUAGUAAUAACUAUCCGCUGCGCUUUCCCUUGCGCUCAUAAUGUCUUUGGCUGGCGGGAGUCCUGGACAAUGGAAGUUCAAGUCAAGUAACUACUACCGAUACAACACGUGGAGAUUCGCUCAUGUGAUGCUCGAUCUGCUCUCUGGGGGCCUUAAGUGCGGCCGAUCAAGCGGGUCUUCCGGAGGUUUGUGGAUUGAUAGGCUACUAGCGUUUCAUAGUUUGAGUGACGGUACAGUACUUCCAUGGAUUCUUGAGACAUGACGACCGUUAAGCUGUGGCGGACCGCUAGGAAUCAAUCCCUAGUUUUGAACGGGCAAGAUCGGGAAGCUGAUGCAGUACACAUUGUUCCGUUGCUGUUGGCUAUAGA